AUAUAUGAUACACGCGCAAAAUUAAUGUGUAGUAUAAAUAGAAUUCCGAUAUAAAAUAUGUUUGUGUUGGAUUUUGAUUGUUUUCCAUUACCCUUUUCCUGUGUGUAGUUUAGCCGAAAAAAUAAAAAGAUUACACAAGUGCAGCCUAGGAGCAUAGAGUAGUUUAUCCGGUGGAAGGAGAGACUUGUGGAUCCGUUCAGAAGAAGAUCUAUCCGGCACCUCCUUAUAGAAAAUAUUUUGGCAGUGAUGGAUGGCUUAGAUCAAUUUUCCAAACUGCCGAUGCCAAUUUUGCAGCACAUCCUGUCUUUCCUCAUUGUUAAAGAUGCUGCGAAAACUAGUGUUUUGUCCAAGACAUGGAACAGUGCUUGGAGUUCCUUGUCGUGCUUAAAUUUUGGUGAUAUUGUUUUCAUGGAGUCAAAAAACGUUCUGGAUCAAAUUCUAGCAAAUCGGCAAAAGCAGAACAUCUCUAUACAAAGGUUCAAGGCAAAGUUACCAGAUAAUCGGUUAAAGUAUGUGGAUAAUUGGAUUAAAAUACUGGUAGCCGGUAAUAUCAAAGAGUUGCAUUUAGAGGUUUUCACAUCCACUAACAAGUUGCCUGAAGCAAUCUUUGCUGCCAAAGCUCUAAAUAUGCUUUGUUUGGGUGGAUUUAAGCUCGAAUUACCCUCGGAUGGCAUAAAGUUUUCAUCUUUGCGAGAGUUACAUCUUAUUAAAUCAUUUUUGGACGACCAAGUACUUGAUGCUUUAUGCGCAAGUUGUAGUCAUUUAGAAGUUUUGUCUUUCAGGGAAUUCGGCGGACUAGUCUGUUUCCAAAUUGCUGGAACUUUACCUAAACUAAGGAUAGUAAAUUUGGUAAAUUGCCCUGAACUACUCCAGAGGGUUGAUAUUACAGCACCUGAUCUUAAAUACCUUCACAUUAGCUCCAUUAUUGAGGAACUGAAUGUAAUUAAGAUAACUGCUUGUAAAUCAUCAUUAAAGAAUUUGAACCUCUCUUCUGUGGCUGUGACUGACCAAUGGUUAGAGAACCUUUUACCAAAUCUACCCAACCUUGAAUUGUUUUACUUAUCUUCUUGUUCGUCGUUGAAGUCUUUGAAAAUCUCAAGUGACCGGCUCAAGUAUUUCAAAGUGGUCAGGUGCAAUAACCUGAUUGCGGUUGAUUUGGAUACUCCUAACUUAUUGGUAUUCUCAUCUGAUUUUCGUUAUUGCAGAAAAGUAUUCCAAGGGGGUAUUGAUCUGUUGCCUACAUUCAAAUUGAAAGCUUCACAUCUGUCGGAAGUUAAUCUUAAAUUCAUCUUAUAAACCCCCAUUGACACUCGCUGGUACUCUACGCUCACUAAGUGUCUCGGGAACUUUAAUAAUGUCAAGGCUAUUGCACUAAGCUGUGAUGAUCACAAGGUGAUAGUUAUACCAAAACGCAUGAGAGAAAACUUGCUUCCUCUGCUUUAUGGUACUCGUUUGCACGUAAAAAUUAAUAAUCUAUUGAGUCAUUCAGCUAUGGUACACGUUCUUGAGAGUUUGUUUUGGGUUUCUCCUCAACUGGGCACCCUAUCUUUUGGCCAGAUUAUAGACUAUAGGACCCUGAAGUUUACAUACAGAGAUACAACUGAUGAAGCUGAGAAACCUUGUUGUGCAUAUGUACCUUGGAAAUGUUGGAGGCAUGAGUUAAAUAAAGUCAACUUGCAACACUUUACAUGUAUGGAACUACCGAAGUUGAGAAACUACUUUCUCACAAAUACAGAUGUAUUGGAGAUAAUUGAAGAUCCACCAGGAUGCUGCCUUUGUAAUUCAACUUACGGAUGUUUUGAAUAAAUUUGCUCAUGACUUAUUCUGAUGAUGUACUAGGGGCAGAUUGGACAUUUGGUUGCAAUGUUAUUAUUUUUUCCUCUUAUUUGCGGAAUCGUUAAGUAAAUUAUCCUA